AUGGGGUUUUUCUUUUCUUCUUCCCUUAUAGGAGACAUUUUAAACCUACAGGUCUAUUAUCCUUGGGAGUUCCUUUCCAGCUCUCCUUGCAGAACAGUUGUUUUCCCACUAAUGACAUCUGGAGUUUCCUACUGGGUGAUCAAGUCUUUACAGCAGCUGGACGUAUGUCCACGUGUCAUCAGCAGCUACACCCUUCUUGUAUCUCCUCGCCUUCUCUUUACAAUCUUUUCUUUCACGCUCGACUAUAGCGUCUAUCGAUUAGCUCCUUUCUGGGAAGCAGAUCCGUGGAAAGCGCUGGUACUCCUUGCUGGAUCCUAUGUCACUCUGGUGUUUUAUACGAGAACGUUUACCAACACGCUUGAAGGACUUCUCUUUGCUCUCCUGAUGGUGCUGGUUUCCUCCAGGAAGUCCGACGGCAGCUUCGCAGAGCCUACGAGCAGCCCUCUCAUAGGUAUUGUAACGACUGCUGGCUUUUUCAACAGGCCGACCUUUCUGGCGUUUGCUCUGAUGCCCCUGCUCUACUGGGCAGGUUUAAUCGUUGACUCUCAGAGGAGCAUUAAAACUGUCAUAAACCACUUUCUGAAGCUUGUCCUAUGUGCAUGUUUUACUGCUGUUGUUUUCAUAACAGCCGACACCUUCUAUUUUACCUCCCUGGGCUUAGACAACCUCUACAGCGUUACAAACAGCAGUCUGUUUGAUGUAAUAGGUCAGUUAAAUGAGAAAAUGAUAGUAACCCCUUUCAAUUUUCUCAGCUAUAAUCUCAAUCCUCAUAACCUUGCACUGCAUGGAAGUCACCCGCGAGUUACACACCUCACAGUCAAUGGAAUAAUGCUCUUUGGGAUCUUACACUUGCUGGCCGUCGGUGCUGGUUAUAACAUGAUAAAGCAAUACAUCCGUCAGUUAAUGCGGGCCGGAUCCUGUCGCCGUGGGUCAUCCAGGCUCUUAGCGCAUUCCGGGGGCAACCCAACGUUACUGCUGUUUUACUUUGUUCCUUUGGCAUUUCUCUCCCUCUUCAGUCACCAAGAACCUCGGUUUCUCAUUCCUCUCAUCUUGCCGUUAGUCUUGUUCAGCGCGUCACAGAACAGAGCUGCGAAAUGGAAACACGUCAUCGUCGUCUUCAAUGUUCUCGGGGCUUUGCUCUUUGGGUGCCUCCACCAGGGAGGACUGAUACCGUGCUUGUUUCACUUGGAGCAACUCACGCAUUCUCCGGAGUCCUCAGCCCACCCAAGGCACUACACUCUGCUCUUUGCUCACACCUACAUGCCUCCUAGGUCCCUGCUUAAUAUCAAGAAGGGAGACACGCAUGUAGAAGUCAUCGAUAUGGCUGGGUCUGGAGAAGAAACCCUCUGCCAAACAGUAGAGCAGCGAGCAAACAAUUCCACCUGCGGUGACUGCCGUGUCUUUGUUAUAAUCCCUGGUACAGUCAGAGCCACACUUACAAAAUGUGCUGUCUUGCUCAAGAAUGAGACCUUGAUAUUUCCCCACUUCUCGAUGGAAGACCCACCACAAAUACCCUCCCUCAUCAGUGGGAAUUGGAGAAGUCAGUUAGGACUGUACAUCCUUCAGGUACAGAGAGCAGCAGAGCCUUUAGAUUUUAGAACAGUGUUUUAG